CUUGACUAUCAGUUGAAUCGACGACGCAGCAAUUUAAUUAGUCGUCGGCCCAAAGGCGAUUCCUUCGAAUUCUAAUUAAAACAAGAUUUGAAAUUAACAGACUUGAUGCAAAAGUGGUAGUUGAAUUAACUCUCACGAUGUUACCGGAUGACGUCACCAUAGAAAUCGAUCCAAUCGAAGGAGCGACCGUUCAAGAGAGGAGCGGCUACAUCGCUUACAAUGAACGAUUGGAGACAUAUAUUGUACCGGUUGUGUUUGGCAUCAUCUUCUUGGUGGGCGUCGUUGGCAACGGUUCCCUCAUGUUCAUCUUGUGCCGUCACAAAUCCAUGCGCAGCGCUCCCAACACGCUGAUUUUCAAUCUGGCACUGGGUGACAUCCUCGUCCUUGUCUGCUCCGUCCCGUUCACCUCCACGAUUUACACGUUCGAAUCGUGGCCUUAUGGCGAAUUCGUUUGUAAGGCCUCUGAAUUUGCCAAGGAUACAUCGGUGGGAGUAUCCGUUUUCACGCUCACGGUCCUCAGCUUUGAUAGAUACACGGCCAUCGAGCGACGGGUCCCAUUUCUUCGAGGUCCUAAACCGAAAUUGGUCAUCGCCGUUUGCGUUUCUGUCAUCUGGGUGACCUCAAUAGGACUGGCCUUGCCGGCCGCCCUAUUUUCACACUUGCUGAAGAUUCCGCUCGGAAAUGUGACGGAAGAGUCCGUCGAACAAACCAACGGGACGGCCAUCGUCGAUCACGGAGGAGAAAUUGUUGUUUGUUAUCCGUUUCCACAAGAAUUCGGACCCGUUUAUGCCAAGACGGUGGUCCUCGUUCGUUUUAUCGUUCACUACUUCCAACCACUUCUCAUCAUUAGCACCUUUUAUGCCAUUAUGACGCAUAAUUUACUCCGCAGCGUCCGCACCAUUCCGGGCCAGGCAGUUUUGUCGACUGUUAACCAUCACCGGCACCCUCCUUCCAAUUCUUUAUCCAACAACAAUCAAAAUCAAUCCCGCCGAAAAGUGGCCAAAAUGGUGCAGUGUUUGGUGGUUCUGUUUGCCGUCUGUUUUCUGCCGAUGCACAUCUUCUUCCUGUGGUUCCACUUCGACUCCAACUCGCAUGAAAACUACAACGAUUUCUGGAACGGUUUCAGGAUUUUCGGCUUCGUUUUGGCUUACAUCAAUUCGUGCAUCAAUCCCAUCGCUCUCUACUGCGUCAGCACCAAAUUCCGCAAGCAUUUCAAUCGAUUGCUUCCCUGUCGUUGUAACGGCGGCGACAGCAGACGCGUUGAUUCCCGAAGAAGGAUCCAUGGCAACGAAGGCUACCCCCUUCACGAAUUCCACGCGAUUCCGUUCCUGUGAAUCAUUCAAACAAAUUAUUGAAUGUUCCAAUGAAGCGUGUCUGCCCGCCC